AUGGAGUUGCAGGAGAAGAUUCAAGAAGUCUUGAAGGGAAAGAAUCAUGCUCCAAGCCAUGAUUUCUUGUUCACUACUGAUCUUGCCUUCACAGACGAGAUCAGAACAGAGCGCCUGCCCAAGGGCUUCAAGAUGCCCACCAUUGAGCAAUACAGAGGCAUGACCGAUCUAGAGGACUAUCUUGAGACUUUCAAAUCUUUGAUGUUCUUUCAGGGACCAUUGGAUGCGAUUAUGCGUAGGGCAUUACCCUCAACCUUGAAGGGUGCUACAAGACAAUGGUUUGCGCACCUGAAGCCACGGUCACUUUCUAGCUUUGUGGAGCUCGGACAGGCUUUCCUUGCACACUUCAUGAGCAGCCGAGUCCACAAGAAGACAGCAGCCAAUCUUUUGGCCGUUAAGCAACGCCCUAAUGAAACAAUCAGAGGCUUUCUUACCAGGUUUAACAAUGAAGCAUUGGAGGUACGGGGUUUUGACCCGAUGGUAAAAUUCCAGGCCCUACGUAGCGGCAUCAGGGACGUUGAACUAAAGAAAUCACUGAUCACGGAUGAACCAGUAGACAUGUACGAGCUCUUCUCAUGCUAUUAG